GAGCGAACAGACGGCUCGGCGCCGGGUGCAUAUGUGAGGCAUGGUGAUGAUGCUCGACGCUCCGGAGACCGGGUCGAGCAGCAUGCCAGCAGGAACCAGGGAGGAGCAGCUGAAGGAUGAACGACGACACGGCGCAGGGUUUGCGAGGCGGUGAGGCCCGACUGCUCGCUUGGUUGUUUCGUCUCUGUGAGAAGAGAGAUGAAGGGAAAGAAAAAAGAUACUUGUUCGUCUACGCACGAGCAGGCCAUUCGCAUACGCAUCGCGGCUCGGCAGGCGGAUGGGAAUGGGUCGUUGUCAUGGUUGUUGACUCCAUCACCAUCCAUCCAUCCAUCCAUCAUGGCCCCCAUGCCCAUGUCCAUGCCCGCAUACCCUGCGUACAUACAGCGAGUUCGCCUCUACUGUACAACCGCAACCCAUGCGUCGUACCCGCAGCGAUCACGUACAGGCUCGCCCACAUACGUACAUGGCGAUGGGACAGGUGGCCUUGCAUCGAGUCCCCUCUCCCCCACCGAGGCUGGAGAAAGCGCUCACAGGCUGCCUCACCUUGGGCGGUGAAGGGUUGGGCGGUGUGAGGGGGCGUGUGGGCGUGCGUGAGUCAAGGCGUAGGAUUUGCGUCAAGGCGUCAUGACGGCUCGCGGGCUUGACAGACGGCCUCUAACUGCGGGAGUGUUUUAUUAGAGGCGAGGGAGCAAGGGGAGCUUGGAGCAAGGGACGACCUGUCCGUGGACCUGUCCGUGGACCUGUCCGUGGUGAAGC